CCGCAGUGCGCAUGCUCCGGCCUGGACUUAAGGGUGGGAGUUAGCCAUUAGCACCGAGCUAACAGCCGGAGCGUGUAAUGGCGGCCUCGGUGUUGUUGGGCUCUGCGGACAGCGCCGGACUCAGCUUCACCGUCGGGGGCGGCGGCACCGGGAACAGUAACGGACUGGGCCCGGCGGGCCCGGCGCCCUGGAACCGUUCUCUAGACCGGGCGCUGGACGAAGCCGCGGCCACCGGGAGCUUGAACCUGAGCGGCAGGAAGCUGAAGGAGUUCCCUCGGAGCGCCGCCAACCACGACCUGACCGACACCACCAGGGCCGAUCUGUCUCGUAACCGGCUGUCGGAGCUUCCUCUUGAGGUUUGUCUCUUCGUGUCUCUGGAGAGUCUGAACCUGUACCAGAACUGUCUGCGCUCGCUGCCUGACGGCCUGCUCAACCUGCAGGCGCUCACCUACCUGAACCUCAGUCGGAACCAGCUGUCGGUGCUGCCCCCUGUUGUCUGCGGCCUCCCUCUGAAGGUUUUGAUCGCCUGCAACAACAAGCUGGUUUCUCUGCCGGAGGAGCUGGGUCAGCUGAGGCACCUCACCGAGCUGGAUGUGAGCUGCAACGAGAUCCAGACUCUGCCUGCUCAGGUGGGUCAGCUGGAGGCUCUAAGAGACCUGAACAUCAGGAGAAACCACCUGGUCCGACUGCCACCAGAGCUGGCUGAGCUGCCUCUGGUGCGUCUCGACUUCUCCUGUAACAAAGUGACCUCCAUCCCCGUCUGUUACCGCCGCCUCACGCAGCUGCAGACCAUCGUCCUCGACAACAACCCGCUGCAGACCCCGCCCGCUCAGAUCUGCAUUAAAGGGAAAGUUCACAUAUUUAAGUACCUGAAUCUGGAGGCCAGCAAGACGACGCCGGACCUGCCCGAGUACGACAGACGACCUCUGACCUUCAGCUCCUGUGUGGAUGAGCUUUACCCUGGGCGUCCCUACGGAGCGCUCGACUCCGGCUUCAACAGCGUCGACAGCGGAGACAAAAGAUGGCUGAGCAACGAGGCCUCAGAGGAGCUGUCGGAGCUGCCGCAGAGAGUGGCCGAGAUCAGCCGAGACCAGAGGCAGCGAGGAGGCGCAGCAGGAGCAGCGGCGCUGCCUAAUGGCACAUAUGGGGAGUUGGAGCAGAUUGACUUCAUCGACAGUUGUGCGGGGGAGGAGGAGGAGGAGGAGGGGAGGAGGAGUCGCGGGGGAGGAGACAGGACCAGCCUGAGCUCUCAGUUCAUGGCUUACAUCGAGAGACGCAUCACCAGAGAGGGUUCUCCUGUGAAAAGCGGCUCUUCGAGGAUGGAAGACCCGAGGAGACACAGCAGGGGUGUAGGCGAUAGCGCCGCGGCAGCAUCUGGCUCGCAUGGACAGAGAGGCGGUGUGGAGAGGAUGAGGAGGGAGGCGCAGCUCGCCGCCAUGAGGUACGACGAGGAGCGGCAGAAGAACCGCUCGCUGCAGAGGGACAACAUGAGCGGACACGCCAAGCAUAAAGCAGCUCCGAGUCCAACGAAGUCCAGUCCUGACACAGAGUGUGUCCUGGUGUUUGAGAUCGACUUUGACACAAACACGAUAAAGAGGCGACCUGGCUCACACAGACAGUCUGUGGCUGGACUGUCUGUAGACGGCUGUUAUUCUCACGCUUCUGAUAGCGCCACCUCCUGUCUGCUGCAGGGUGAGGACCGAGCUGCCCUCUCUCCUACAGCCAAUCAGUCGCCGUCUUAUCCCAGCUCGGGAGGCGUAGCCUCCUGUCGAACUCCCAGUCUGCGGCCAGAGAGCUUCCUGUUCCGCCUCGGGCAGAGGGAGGAGAAGAGAAAAGGUGACGCCGCUGCUCCUCCGAGCCAGGAGGAGGCCCCCGCCGCUCCUCCUCUUGCAGGCGAGGAUGUCGAGGUGGUGGAGCAGCUCAGGAAGAACAUCGAGGCUCGUCUCAAAGUGUCACUGCCGAGCGACCUGGGAGCAGCCCUGACGGACGGCGUGGUUCUCUGUCACCUAGCCAAUCACGUGAGGCCGCGGUCCGUCCCCAGCAUCCACGUCCCCUCCCCCGCCGUGCCCAAACUCACCAUGGCCAAGUGUCGCAGAAACGUGGAGAACUUCCUGGAGGCGUGUCGCCGCAUCGGAGUCCCACAGAGUCAGUUGUGUCUUCCUCUUCACAUCCUGGAGGAGCAAGGGCUCCCCCAGGUGGCCGUGACUGUCGGCGCUCUGCUCGACCUGGCCCCGCCCCGACACUCCAGCACCGCGGCGACCGCCACGAUGUCAUCAAUCCCACCGGGACCGUCUGUCACCAUCUAGCCAUAUUUGCACCCCAUUGCACACACGCAGUCAUCCUCCAGUCACCAGCCAAUCAGAGCUCAGCGUCUCUCAGCCCGCAUGAUGUCAUCAGAAAGUGUCCGAAGAGCCUGCAGGAGGGGGCUGGCACCGACACGACGCCACAGUGACGGGCUCUGAGCUCCUAUUGGUCAGUGCUGUAUGUAUGGAAGCCCAUUUUGGGGGGGCGCCGCCCAAUGACCUCGGCUGACAUGAAUUUAAAAAGGUAAAAGAUGAAUCGAAUAUUUUAGGUCAUGUCUGAAUGGGGGGGAAAAAAAACAAAAAACAUUUCAUAUGUGAGACCUUCAGGCACUGCAGAGGUGCGGGUUCAAUUCCCCACGGCCACUUCCUGCCCGCUCUCUGCUGACUAAUAAAGGCUCAGUGCCCCCAAAAUACAAAGUAGAUUAAAACGUUCAGACGUUUGCAGCGAGUGUGUUUCCAUUUGUGGGCAGAAAUGGGCUUCCAUCCCACCUGUGCCGUCGCUCUGCAGGUGAGGGAGCAGCUGAUGGGCAGUGAUGGAGACGAGCCAAGCUGAACUGAUCUUUACUCUCGCUGCAAGGUUUGUUAGAAAUCAGCCUCUCACGGGUGGAGGUUUCGCUCUGGACCUGCUACACUCAUCACAUCUCACAGCGCCACAGAGCAGACCAGAAAGGAAGGGGCAAAUAAUGUGACCAGAUUUUAAUGCUGCACCUGGUGUAGGCGGAGCUAAUCUACUCCGCCUGUGUGUGCUGAUUGUUACAAGUGAUAAUAAUGAGUGCCUUCACCAUGAAGCCACAUCUGCUUGUGUUUGAGCAGCGGUCCAAAGAAAAUCCUCCACGUGUGACAAGCCGAAAAAAUAAAAGCUUACCACCUUUGACCUUUGACCCCUGGGUCUGAGGUAAAGCGGGUAAGAUGAUCAUCUGAUGUAAGAACAAAGAAAAAUAACCCAGAGGCAAAGGGGGAGGUGGUUUAUUCUACCUGUCAGGUUCUCUUGUGAAUCCGUGCAGUUUAACAUCUGUGUGACGUUGGUUUUACAUGCAGUCGGUCACCUGUGUGGGCGGAGCUUAGAAACUAAUAUGCGUAAUUAUUGAGCCCGUGUUAAACACAGAAGACUCAAAACUAUAAAACUCUGUUAGGUGGAUCGUUCUGCUCAUUCCAACGUUGGCUCUCACAGAGCGGCUUAGCGUGAGUCGUGUCAUCCUGAGCCUCAGCUCAGCCGCUGUCUCACACAAGCCGGUUCAGCUCCUCCACCUUUAAACGUGCUUUAUUCUGAUUGGCUGCAUCUCACAAGCAGAAGACUUGAACAGUAGAUGGGUGGAGCUUCUCUCUGUGACAUCACACAGAUUAAGGAAUAGAAAAAAACUCAUAAUUCCCAGUAGCUGCAGACACACUGAAUUUCCUGUUUAACAUGAACAUUUGCCAUAGAAACAGGAAGUGAGAAAGGGAAAAGCACUUUAAUUAAAAAAAAAAAAAAAAGAUAAGUAUUUAAUGUUCUCAGUAACAGCUGAUUGAUCAAUAAAACCUGAAACUGUCCUGUCUCACACUGAGAUAAAGUUGCAAUGCUACUAAGGGCUAAUGGAAGCUAACAGCAGUUUUGUUUUGUUGUUUAAAUGACACUAAUGUAUCUUGUGGCUAAUAUAGCUUAAAGUUAAUAUUGGCAAAGAUAAACUUAUUGUAAGCUACAGUUAAUGGCUAUCUGUGACCUGGCUAAGAUGAGUGUGCUUACUUUAAAAUGAUAAUAGAAAUAAAACUAUUCCCAGAUUACCCGUUGCUAACCGUGACGAUUCUGGAUUUGCUUCAGUCUGAAAAUGUAACUGACUGUUAAGGCUAACACUAUUAAAACAGAAUAAAUGUGUUCAAUCACGCCGAUCAUGCUAGUCAUGUUUGCAGGGAGUGAGGCGUAGCAGUCUGUUAACUAGCUGCUAGCUGGGAGACUAGCUUGAAAUAGGUAGCUAUAAAAGUAUCGUGAUGAGUUCAGAGUUAACAUGAACUACAGCUAGGAAGUGGCCUAAGCUAACGAGUAAGCAGUAAUCUAAAAUUGAAUAGGCUCUCUGCUAACUCUGCGUAAGACUAUAAUAAGACUAACUUUAUGAACUGUUAGAUUACAUUACUUAAUAUUAUAUCUGACACAGUUAGCUUGAAAGAUACUGACAUUUCAAAAGUGUUCCGAAACUAUUUUAACACGGCUAACUGGUAAAGAAAGCUAACACUAAUGGUACUCUUAUGUCGAGCUAACCACAGAGGGUAGCUAAGAUGAAGUCAGGUGAAGGUAACAGCUUGUUUCUAAUCUGAAAACAGUCGACGAUGGCUUAGUUUAUAGCAUGAUUGCUAAAUGCUAAUGUUACAGUAUUGGGUUUGAGCAUGCCCAGUACUGAUAUUGUCAAAGUAAUUAUUUAUUUUUCCUUUUUGUUUUUGUUUUUUUUAAAGUUUAUUUAGUUUUAGUUUUAUUUAUUUUUUUUUUAUGCUUUUAGUUUUGCUUUAGGGGGCGGGGCCACUCUUCUGCCACUCAUCCACCUGUGAGCUACUUGCUCACAGUUAAUAAUAGCCCAAAAGAAGCAGCGAGGGCAAAGUGUGGUUCGGUUCGGCUCUGUUCGUCUCCAUCUUUCCUUAUUAUGGUGAACACUUUCAUCUUGCCGCUGAUGAAGAGGAGGAUGUCUGAACCCUGAACUCUGAAUGGCAGGAUGUCGUCUCUGUAUAGUUUUUACUAAUGUCACUGUGGUUUAGGUCAAUCAUGUGACCUGGCUUUGUGAUCACCUGAUCGGACCUUUGUCACAUGUACAGAUGAGGGUGAUCGGGUGGUUUCUGUUGCAUGCUGGGACGUUUUUCACCUUGUAAAGGUGGCCCGACUGUUGUGUACAAUUAUAUCCUGUAAAUAGAAACGUACUGAUGAUGCUCUGUAUAUGAGGCCGAAACCUGGGUGUUACUAUGACAACAGAGAUGUUCGUGUUGCCAUGGCAACCAUGGGGGGGGGUUCUUCUCCUGUCAGUGAAGUAAGCAAACCGCUGCUGUACUGUAAUUUUAUUUAUAAAAGUUUGUCCUGACAACAGUGAUCAAAGCGAUACCUGCUUAGCGUCUCACUCCAACUGGAGCUCCAAAAGGCUCCAACUGCACAAACACAGUCAGGAGGUGCAGUUCAGGUGAAGCAGACUGCUAGCAGCUGUAGCCGCCUGUGUCACCAUCCACCUUUCAGUCAGAAGCCACGCCCCUAAUAAUGCAAACAGGUGUCAUGAACGGGCCGGACAGUUUGUGUAUCAGGCUGUAAACGUGUGUGGGGCUGACUCACUGCUGCCUCUGCUGGACAUUAGAGGAACUGCAGCACAGUGAGCCUGCCGUCCUACAGUGGGCAUGGCCUCUGUGUACAGUGAUGUCACGUAUCUGAGCUGCUGCUGCUUCACUGACCGGAGGAGAAGACUGUGUUUUUAAUUUAAACUGUAAAGAUGAGUAAAAGGGGCUGGUGCUGUGUUCAGGUGGCGUAGGACAUCAGCAUGCUGACACUACACUAAACACUUGCUGAAGUCUCAGCAUGAGAGCACAACUUGAACAACCUGAAUUAUGACAAGCAGGCUGGGCCCCGCCCCCUGAACCACCUCCACCAAUCAGCUCAUCUUCAGUGGACUCACCUGAGACCUGAGUGAACCUGAUGGGACAGGUGAGGCGGCUUAGAGGUUUCAGACAGGUGAUGAUGUACAAAUGUUUUCUUCUUCAGGCGCUCGUCUUGUGGCAGCAGCGGGUCACGUAACGGGCUGUCAGAUGGGCGGCUGUUUUUCCACUCGUGUGUUUUUGCUGUUUCAGUCAUAAAAUAAAUAUUAUAAUAUGGCUUUGAUGCUUUUAUUGUGUCAACACCACACACAGGAAGUGGUGAAAAACAUGUGGCCAAAAAACGAGAACGCCAUCAGCUGAUUGUGUUCAUACUGUAAAUGUUUCCUAUGUUUUCUGUUUUUCUCUCCUUGGUGGUUUUUUGUGUUUCUGUGAAUAAAGUAGAAAUAUUUGUCACA